ACUAAUUAUUGUGCGUGCGUACAAACUACAGCGAACAAUUUCCCUUAUAUUACCUGACGCGAUGUUGUCGCACCGAGCAGCGGUGGCAGUGCUGUGUCUCGGGCUGGUCUCCAGCGGGAUUGCCAUGUCCCGAGCCCGCAGGCAGGAAGACGAUAACUCCUUCUGGUGGCUGACGGAUCCUGCACCUCCUAUAGGAGCUUCCGCUGCUGUGAAUGUGGCACCUGGUGCUGAAGGUGCAGGUCUUCUUGCGGCUGUUGCGAACGUGUUCCCGGGUGCACCGGGUGCAGGUCCUCUCUCCGCUACAGGAGGGAUCCCCAUCAACGACCUGUCUGACCUGGCGAGUCUGUUUGAAGGUGUGCCACCAGGCGGAGGUUCGUGCGAGUGCGUGCCGUACUACCAGUGCAAGGAAGGCGAGAUCGUCACCGACGGCGAGGGUAUCAUAGAUAUCAGAUUUGGCAACACGUUGAACAACACAGGAGAGACGCGUGUCAACUCUCACAGCCAGUGUCCGAAUUUCCUGGACGUUUGCUGCGGUCACCCCAACACCGCCGUGGUACCCGUCCCGGGGCCUCUGCAUCAGUACACCCCCAAGUGCGGCCACCGCAACCCCACCGGCGUCAACGCCAGGGUCUCAGGUUUCACGGCGCAACAAGCGCAGUUUGGCGAGUUCCCGUGGAUAGACCAGAGAGUGCGGUUGGGCGAGUGGGAUACGCAGCGCACGUACGAGUUAUACCAGCACGUGGACCGGCGUGUCAAGCAGGUGGUUACGCACGAACAGUACAACGCAGGCUCACUCAGUAAUAACUACGCACUACUGCUGCUCGAGUCGCCCGUCACGCUCUCCCCUCACAUCGACACGAUCUGCCUGCCUGACGAGAACACCUCCAUCGACCCCAACAAGUGCUUUGUCACGGGCUGGGGCAAGAACGAGUUCGGCAAAGAAGGUGAAUUUCAGAACAUCCUCAAGAAAGUGUCCCUACCAAUCGUCGAGCAUAACGCUUGCCAGACGGCACUCCGCACCACGCGGUUAGGGAAAUACUUUCACCUGCAUUCGACUUUCACGUGCGCCGGCGGGGGCGUGAACAGGGAGGACGCGUGCAAGGGUGAUGGAGGAUCUCCUCUGGUGUGUCCUUAUGCCCAGGACCCUGCCACCUACGUGCAGGUGGGCAUUGUUUCCUGGGGCAUCGGAUGCGGCGAGCCGGGCAUCCCUGGAGUCUAUGCGGACGUUGCAAAGGGCAUCCCGUGGGUGACCGCCAAGCUAAAGACUCUUCCCUACACACGACCGAAUUAAUAAUUAAGAGUUGGUGCGUACAGCAAUGCAUUUGGUUCACAGUGAUGUGAAAUUAUAUAAUAUUUAAAUAAAACCAUGAAAAACUACACAAGAUCAGUCCUGGAGCUAAUCGCAAAGAAAGUCGAACGUACUACAAAUUAAAUAUUUUUAAGAGUCGAUCACAACGCGUUCAAUACAUCUGAGAUCGGUACAAUUAUUCUUUAGCCAGCACCAUAAUCACGGUCACUACACAGCGUCGCCGUAUGAGCUCAAUGGUCAAAUGUUCGAAAAGCUCGUUUGUCACGCAAUUAUACAAUAGAAUUUAUUGAACCUAUCCUAGUCCCAUCCAUUUCGUUCAACUCUCUCAUUUCUUUGACAAGAUAGAUUAAUGGUAUAGAAAAUAUUCUACUAUUACGCCAAAUAAAUAACGGAAGACAAUUUCAUUUGAAUUUUCUGUUCAACUUCUGACGUCCAAAGAAGCGGGACCCAAUCUUUGGUUACGGAAAUAGUAGGAUUGGCAUGACUACGUCGUACCUGGGUUAGUCUCCAGAUUUGGUAUUUCUAGUUAACGCGGACGAAGAACGUGAAUUUUGUUGUAGGUUGUAAUCGGUAAUAAUUACCUUUGGUAUGUAAUGAAUUAGAAUUUCUUGUGAAUUUUCCCAUCAUUGGCAUUAAUUUUAAGCUCUUCUUUAUGAUCUUGUAUUCGCGAAAACACAGACUGCAUUCCUCUCUUAGAACUCGUAGUGUGACGUAACCAGAUAUUUAUUGACAAUAUUCAUUAUGACACAUUUAAUAAAUAUGUGAAGGAA